AUGCUUGUUACAAGACAACUCGGGAGAAAUGGACCUCUGGUUCCGGCUCAAGGCCUCGGUCUCAUGGGUUUAUCCAUGUUCUACAAUACGCGUCGUCCGGAUGCAGAGCGUCUAAAGUUCCUCGACUACGCUCAUGCCCAAGGUGCCACGUUCUGGGAUUCGGCGGAUGUGUACGCCGACAACGAGGAUAUUAUUGGGAAAUGGUUUCAAACUACCAACAAGCGAAAGGACAUCUUCCUCGCCACUAAAUUCGGUAUCCAGCAACACCCCGGCCUCCCCGCUAGUAUUCACAACAGCCCCGAAUACGUGCGAGAAGCGUGCCUUAGAAGUCGUCAACGACUCGGUCUAGCUGCCAACGACCCCAUAGAUCUCUACUACUGCCAUCGCAUUGACCCCCAGCAACCAAUCGAAAUCACCGUGGCGGCUAUGGCGGACCUCGUGAGGGAUGGGCUAGUCAAAUACCUCGGUCUUAGUGAAUGUUCCGCGGAGACAUUGAGACGCGCCCAUAAAGUGCACCCCAUCACGGCUGUUCAGGUCGAGGUGUCGCCUUUUGCAACGGAGGCGUUGGAGAAUGGGUUGUUGGAUGCGUGUCAGGAGCUGGGGGUCGCUCUGAUUGCCUAUUCGCCGUUUAGUCGUGGGUUCUUUACAGGACAGCUGACUUCGUGGGAUGACUUUGAUGAAAGUGAUCGCCGUCGUGUGUUGCCGAGGUUUUCCAAGGAGAAUUUUCAUAAGAAUGUUGAGAUUGUUAGGCGGUUUGAGGAGGUUGCCCGGAGGAAGGGUUGCUCGGUGGGACAGCUUACCUUGGCGUGGGUGGCCGGGUUGUUUGAGCUUUCGUUUCCGAUUCCGGGUACGACUAAGGAGGCGAAUUUGGUUGAGAAUUUGGGGAGUCUCGCGAUUGAAUUGACGGAGGAGGAGCAGGCGGCUGUGCAGGCGGUGGUGGAUGAGGCUGUGGUGCAUGGGGAUCGGCAUCCGAGUAGUAUGAUGCCAUAUCUUUAUGUGGAUACGGUUCCUUUGUCUGAAUAA